AUGGACGCCAGUGAGGCAGCCCCGCGAGAGGUCCCGCCGGAGGAUGGGGGCGUGCAUGAUGCUGAUGACAACGGGGGCUUGCCGGCGGUGGAACAGGCCAUGGAGGAGGGAGACACGCGGCUCAUGGGGGCCAGAGUUGAUGAUGAAGUUCGAGAACCUGGCUAUGAUGCGGCAGAGCCGUUAGGGCAGCAGGGUGAGGCGCACGGAAGCCAGGGAAAUCACGGUGAGACCCAGGAGCCGUCACAGGUACCUGCGGUCUCAUCCUCUGAUCGGCAGCGACCUGUGCCUGCUGCUCUAACUGAGGGCGUGCGAGAAGCGGGAGAGACUGUGGCACCUCUUCAGAGUGAAGAACGAGCUGUCUCUGUGGAGCGACGAAGUGAAGAAGUGGGCCAAGUGGCGCGAAGCUUGGCCUUUAUGACCAAUCUGGUCACGACUUUGGUUGGCCGUAUGGAUCGUGUGGAACAGAAUCAGUCUCGAGGUGGAUCGAGCGCGUCGAUGAGGAGGACAACGGCAACGGAAGGGAGAAUGGAGACGCCCAUGGGAGGAACCCCCGAAGCUGGAAGUCUAGGAUAUGUGGACAUGGAGCGGCUGAACGCCCAGUUGGGGAUGAUGCAGCUGGCUGAGGGCGUCGCAGAGCCGUGCUACUCCUGGGGCGCUUUUGGGGCCUUUGGCUAUGCCUACGGGACCUUUGGUGCUGCAUGGGCACCCGGGGAUGAUUUCAGAGGUGUCAGCCUUGGCGCCGCCACCGGGAAUGCCGCAGGGAUCUUCACAAAUUAUGGUGCAGUUUCCGAGUACGACUCAGGGAUCUUCGCAAAGUGGUGUGCAGUUUCCGUGUAUGCAUCAGGGAUCCUCUCAGACAGCUAUGCCCCUUCCGUAUAUGCCUCAGGGAUCCUCUCAGACGGGUAUGCCUCCUCUGUAUAUGCCUCAGAGCUCUUCUCAGAUCAGUGCGCCGCUCCCGAGUAUGCCGCAGGGAUCUUCUCAAACCGCGGUGCAGUCUUUGCCUAUCCCUCAGGAAUCCUCGCAGGUGAGUAUGCAGCUUCCGACUAUGUCUCCGGAGGCUUUGACGUCGAGUGGGCCGCUGCCAAGUAUGCCUCAGGGAUCUCCUCCGACGGGAUUGCAGGGGUCAGGUUCGACUAG